GAGGGGUUUGUACAGGUUUUGAGUGACUGAAGUACUGGUGCCAGUACUGACUUCACUGCGGUGGCAGUGAGGGCCUCUCUGUAUCCACAGCAUAGCAACUAUGAGGGCAAGCUUUCCUGCUCUGCUCUGCCAUGGUGCCUCUACUGAAACCCGGGGGGACCACUUCUGUGGCUGAGAAGGGCCCGUCAGUGCUAAUGGUGGGUUUGUGACAUGGAUACAGAUCCGGCAGAACUGGCCUGAGACCAGCUACAGAACAGCCAUCAGAUAGAAACCAUUUUCAUUCAUUGCAGGCCCGGGAGGAAUUUGAACCCAUGAGCCACAGGUGCUGUGAAGCUACCCCAGGUUGAAAAGCUCCAGUGCCAUUAUCAAUCGCUUGAGUCCCUCACUGCCCCACGCGAAGUGUUCUGUUGGCAUUGGACCUAGAAGCGGGUUGGGUCUACGGCUUGUCUGAUCCUUAUCCCUUGAUUUGGUGUUCUAGGUUCUCCUCGCUCCUCAGCCUCAAUGAAGCAAUGCUUCAGCUCCGGCUCUUAACGUGGGACGUGAAGGACACGCUGCUCCGGCUCCGGCACCCAGUAGGAGAGAAUUACUCUGCUGCGGCCCGAGUUCACGAAGUUCAUGUACAGCCUGAGGCUCUCAAUAAGUCUUUCCAUCAGGCAUACAAAACCCAGAGCAAGCACUUCCCCAACUAUGGCCUGAGCCAAGGGCUAAGCUCCAAGCAGUGGUGGGCUGAUGUUGUCAAACAGACUUUCAGACUCACUGGUGUCCAUGAAGACAGGCUCCUCGCCACCAUUGCAGAAAGUCUCUAUCAGGAGUUCUGCAGUGCACAGAACUGGGAGUUGUUACCAGGCGCCAGGGAGACUCUGAGGCAGUGCCACCAGCUGGGCAUCCGUAUGGCCGUAAUCUCCAACUUCGACCAGAGGCUCGAGAAGAUUCUGUCUCACUGCAACCUCAGGCACCAUUUUGAAUUUGUCUUGACCUCGGAGGAGGCUGGCUUUGCCAAGCCAGACCAGCGGAUCUUUCAGAAGGCGCUGCACAUUUCUGGGGUAGCCCCACAUCAGGCAGCUCAUGUGGGGGACAAUUAUGUGAAGGAUUAUAGGGCAGCCAGAGAUGUGGGCAUGCACAGCUUCCUGCUCACGAGGGCUGGGCGUGCAAACAAUUGGGAGCUACAGGUACCAAAGCAGCACGUCCUGCCUUCACUUACCCACUUGCUGUCUGUUAUCGAGAAGGGUUAACGGUGAAUCCCUCGCCUCUCCGCAGAGAUCACCAGGGACAAAACAGAUUCCUUACACCUCGUCGCUAAAAAGAGGGACCAGUUGUGCUGGGACCGGGGGAGGGGAAGGGAGAGGAUUUGGUUCUCCACCAGGUGAAUCAGGUUCUAAAGAGUAUCUGCAUGUCCUGCUAUAGAGAGGGCGGGAAGCAAACCCCGCUGAACUCAGUGAGAAAUACUUGCUAGCACUAUCCACAACAGUACAUUAGUCAUCCAAUACAAUAAACUGCUACAGAUACUCAGCA